UCGCUGGACGCGGAAACCCGAAAUCAAAACAAACAGUCAACGGUCAAUCAAACAGUGCGCGGCGGAGUUUAAUUUCUAUGUCCAUUGUGGGUUUUUGUGCCAAAAAAUUAACGAAAAAUGGACAACGCUACGUUUGUCGAAAGCUGGAACAGUAUCAUACCGCACAAGAUAAAGCCGGCUGAUCUGGAACACCCGACGGAGUCGUUUAUGUGCCGAAGCUUGGUCAGCUUCUUCCGGAUGAUGAAAUACGAUGUUUCGGAGUUUGACCACAUGUACAACGAACCCAAAGAGUCCACUAUUAGAAAAAGGGUACAAAUAGUGGCCAACACCAAUCACUUCUACCAACUGUGUAUGGGAUCAAAGCAGAGAAAUUUCCUUUACGUGGACCUGAUCAAACCCUCACCCAAAAAGACGAUCCACGUGCUGAACAUCUUGCUCAACUAUCUGUUCUACAUCAACAUGGUUCGAGACGAAACGAUUGAAAAGGCCACGCAGUGCACUGCAAGGUAUCACGAGCUGGAAGCCAACAUCAACCAACAGAAGCGAGAAAUGGAAAACCACAAGAUCAAGAUCAACAAUAUAGAGCAAAACAUCAGUAAAAUGCGACACCAGCUGCCACAGCUGGAGUCCGACAACGAUAAGCUCAGAGAGACGAAGCAGCAACUGUUGGAGAAGAUCGCGGCCACCAAAGCAGCAGAUGAAGAGUUGGCGGAGAAGAUCACCAAACUGAAAAUGGACUACGCCAUGUUGCAGGAUCGACGGGUAGACGAUGAGGAAGCCGCUGCUUUGAUACGGAAAAACGAAGAACUGGAGGCAGAAAUUGAAGAGUACGAAAAGCAGGAAAAGACACUGCAGACGACCAAUUCUGAGUAUGCAACGCUCAUCAGCCAGAUCAAGCCGUGUAUUUUUGCCGCGGAAGAGAUCCUGCAGAAUCCACAGGAUGAUUCACUGAUGAAAAUCAAAAACCAAGUGGACACUCUUCGGUUAAACUACAGUAAACUGGAAGCAGAGUGCGCUAGGAAAACGACCACCCUUCAGGCAUUGCAGAAAAAUUGCGAAGCCAUACGAGACUACGUUACCGAAGUUGAGAAACAGCUCUCGGUGGGACACAAAGCCAAACGUAAAACCGAACGCCAAACAAUCAGCGAUCUCGGUAAGCAACAGAUGCAGCUGGACGAACUGCACGAACAGAACGAUGUCUAUCUGGAGCAGAUCAAGGCACUGAAAGAGGAAAUGCUGCUGAUAAUGCAGAUGAGCGAACAGGCGAAGGCUUUUCUGAUGCGAGACCCGGUCAAUCGGCCGUUGUCAUCCAAGUAGCGCUCGCUAAUGCUUAGCACAAUUGUAUAGUCCUGUUCGUUCCCCUUUUGAGGAGUUUUGGAUCAUUGCUAUUUAUCAAUAAAAAUAAAUAAAUAUUUAUUCCGGCUGCGAUCAAUGCACUAAGCCAAUCAAAGAAGAAGAAUUCAUCUCGUGUAUGGCGUUCUGUGAGUAACAAUUGGUUGAAUUGGUGAAAUAAUUAGUGGAAAAAAUCUCUGAA